GCAGGGACCACUUGUCUGCCUUGGUGGAGUUUAUUACUUAGUCCAUAUAAUAAGUACUAAUUACAGGAUAACUACAGGAUAAGGAAGAGAAAGGUGUUAUUUCGUGUGAAAGUUUUCAAAAUGUGGCUGUUAUGGGCUUCGGUGUCGAUAUGCUUCACCCAACUCUGGGCGGCGGACAGCAACUUCCUCCUCCCAGAGCUCCCUCCGGGCGAGGCCCCUGAGCCGAUCCUGACCUUCGUUGAGCAGACGUACAAGACCGGCCGAGGCAGGGCCGGCUUUGAAGCGGGGGACCCCGUCAUACUAACACCGUAUAUUGAAGAAAACAAGCUUGAGGAAGCGAGGAAGGCCGCUUAUGUGGACCCCGAUUACUUGCUCCCUGAUAUGGACAGUUAUGCCGGGUAUUUGACGGUGAACAAAGAAUACAACGCGAACCUCUGGUUCUGGUACUUCCCGGUGUCCGACCAGCCCGUGGAAAAGACUCCCUGGAUCAUCUGGCUGCAGGGAGGACCCGGAGCCUCCUCGCUGUACGGGCUCUUCACCGAGAUCGGGCCAUUCAUUGUCACUGAUGAUCAUCAGUUGGAGGAAAUCAAGUACUCAUGGGGCAAGAAUCAUUCUUUGCUGUUCAUCGACAACCCAGUGGGCACCGGGUUCAGUUUUACAGACGACGAUCGCGGAUAUGCCACCAACCAGACUACGAUCGGCGAGAACCUCUACUCCGCCCUACAGCAAUUCCUGACAAUAUUCCCGGAGCUACGCAAGGCUCCGCUGACGAUAGCUGGCGAGUCUUACGCCGGCAAACAUAUACCCUCCAUUGGUGUUCAGAUCCUCUGGCACAGAGACGAAGAUCAACCGAUCAAUCUUCAGGGUCUAGCGAUCGGCAACGGGUUCAUCGACCCGCGGACCCUCCAGCGCUACAGUCAUUUCGUCCGCGAGGUGGGGCUGGUGGACGACAAGGUCGCUGACUCCAUGAACCAUCUCGAGACCGCCGUCACGCAAUUCAUACACAACGGGCAGAUGGUGAAAGCCUAUGCUUAUUACAACUACCUGCUCAACCUCUUCUUAACCGAGUCAAGGCUGCACAACCUGUAUAACUAUCUGGACGACGACAUAAGCUUGGAUGGCGCGUACAUGGACUACAUCCAACGAGAUGAAGUCAGGCGCGCUCUGCACGUCGGAAGCACUAACUUCACCUCCAUCGGAGUGGUGUAUCGCAAGCUUGUGCCUGACUUCAUGGGCAGCGCUAAACAUUGGCUCGAAGAGUUGUUGGAGAAUUACAGGGUCAUGCUUUACAACGGCCACCUGGACAUCAUAGUGGCGUACCAUCCAUCAGUAAACACGUACAACGCUCUCGCGUUCUCCUCGUCAGCUGAUUUCAAGAAAGCCAAGAGGAAAGCUUGGUAUCACGACGACAAAUUGGCUGGAUACUACAAGACCGCUGGCAACUUAACGGAAGUGAUGAUCCGCGGGGCCGGCCAUAUGGUGCCCGCAGACAAGCCGGCCGCCGCCCUCGGACUGAUAUCAGCCUUCGCCCGCGGUAUCUCCCUCGAACACGACACCGCAUCUCUCGUUAACGUAGAAAAAAACACCCCCCGAAAACGCCGGCUACCCAUCAAGUAAACACAUUACUCUCCAUUGCGUCGCGCAGUCGGGUAAAAAAGAUUGGAAUGUUUGUAAUGUGCUAUGUAACUACUACGUCUGGAAGAUUUUGAG